AUGCGACCCUCAUUGCAAAAAGUAAUAGCUUCCACAUUUCGAGGACUGCAUACAGUAGCCCCUCUCCCAAGACCACAACGAUGCUUCCACCAAACCACCUUCGCCUCUCUACCGCGAAAGCGUAGUUUCUUUACUUCAAAUCAGUUGCUUGCGAAUUCUACAAAAGAUGGCGUUUCUACAUCAUUGGAAGAUGACACUGCCAACAAUUCGGAAACACAACAACAAAACCGAACCCCGGCCCCCAAGCGCAAACCCGUUCGUGUCUCGGCGGCGAAGACUUUGCGCUUAGGACUUACUACCAAACCGCCUCAGCGCACCACUAUUCCGAGGAAGGAUAACACCGAUUCUGAGAUGGACUACCGUCGAACUAUAACCUCUAUAUGCGUUGCCCAAUCUUUCGAUAUGGAAGCUGUACAGGAAAUAUUGCGCUUUCACGCAUUCGAACUAGAUCCCGACGGUACCGAAUUCGACCCUACCGGUGUUGUACAUGCGAGGGGUAUCAAUAAUGGGGACAUAUUUGUCUUCCCCUCAGGAACCGUGGUGGCUUGGUCCGUACCCACCGACGCCCUCAUGACCCUUGCCACUAAGCAGCUGAUUCGAGCCGCCCAGCUGCCCCAUCUUAAUCGCCUCGAGAUGGAAGAGCUCGAAUUCAUACCGGAUGAAUCUCGCGACACUAGUUAUAUGAGGGGUGAAGUUGUUGUCCUGGGCACAAGGGCACAAGAGCUAGAGAAUCACAGAUUAGAUACGACCCUUGCCAAAAUCGCCUUCUCGAGCGGCCUAGCUAGGAGUCCUAAGCUAGCAAUGCUCGAAAACCAAGCUAUUGACUAUUUUGAAAACUCUAAGAAUAGUCUUGACUUUCUUGAGGGAGGCUUCGAGCAUAAGCUGAAGCGCAGCGCCGUCUUGAAGAUGACUGGCAAGCUCCUUAGCUUGAGAUCGCAGUUAAACCACUACUCCGACAUAACAGACCAGCUCCCCGAUAUGUUCUGGGAUUCCGAGUCGAACCUAGAGAAUUAUUACAACCAGAUCAGUACUGUUCUAGAUAUACGGCAACGUAUUGGGAUUCUAAAUAAGAAGAUUGACUACGGGUUUGAGAACGUAAGUGUCUUAAGAGAGAUGGUUAGCGAAAAGUACGGCCACCGGCUGGAGUGGAUCAUCAUAUUCCUUAUUGCCAUCGAAGUCCUGUUUGAACUGAGAAGGGUAUAUCGUGAGAGCAUAAGCGAAGCAAGCUCAGACUAG